UGCACAUUGGUUAACACUUCAUUGCAGAAAAAUAACCAAUAUUCAUAUAUUUUAUACUCAUGGAGCAAAUUGAAUAUAUGUUAAGGUCCUUCAAAUAACUAGUCUCUGCGACAAACGUUUAUCACCUCAUUAGCUAGCCUCUAUAAUUUUUCGAGGGAUAACGUGGAUAUUAAAGUUUUCCUAGCUAACGUUAACGUCGUUUAGCGAGCUAGCUAAGUUCUCAAACACUCUUCAACAUGGACUUGUAUCACGUUUUGGAGAUGAUAGGAGAGGGCUCGUUUGGACGAGUGUAUAAAGGACGUAAAAAGUUCAGUGGCCAAGUCGUGGCACUAAAGUUUAUCCCCAAGGUGGGCCGUUCUGAGAAGGAGCUGCGCAAUCUCAAAAGGGAAAUUGACAUCAUGAGGGGACUUCAACAUCCGAAUAUUGUCCUGCUCUUAGACAGCUUUGAGACUGAACGAGAGGUUGUUGUUGUGACAGAGUAUGCAGAGGGAGAGUUGUUCCAGAUCCUUGAAGAUGAUGGGAACUUACCAGAGAGCCAGGUUCGUGAUAUUGCCUGCCAGCUGGUCUCUGCCUUGUAUUAUUUGCAUUCCCAUCGGAUUCUCCACCGUGACAUGAAACCACAGAACAUUCUGCUGGGCAAAGGAGGGGUGGUGAAGCUGUGUGAUUUUGGAUUUGCUAGAGCAAUGAGUGUGUCCACCCUGGUCCUGACCUCCAUCAAGGGGACGCCCCUCUACAUGUCCCCAGAACUGGUAGAGGAGAAGCCCUACGACCACACAGCCGACCUCUGGUCUCUGGGCUGCAUCCUCUAUGAGCUCCACACGGGGGUGCCACCCUUCUACACUAACUCCAUCUUUCAGCUGGUCCAGCUCAUAGUCAGAGACCCGGUCAAGUGGCCGGACACCAUGAGCCAGACCUGCAUGACUUUCCUGAAAGGUUUGUUGACCAAAGACCCACAGAAGAGGUUAUCGUGGCCACACCUCCUAAAACACCCAUUUGUUGCUGAUGGAGUUCUAGUUCUCUCAGACCCCGUUGUGUCCAGCCCGCUGACAGUGGCCCCCAGCCCAGACCUGCAGGUGCUAAAACUCCAGCAGGCAGUGCAGAAAGCAGCGCCACAUGGUGGAGAGGGGAGAUUACUGCGCAAGGCCAGGGAACAGAGGGACAAGAGGAACAGACAGGUGGGAAACGGAAAGACUGAAUCAUCUAGUCAGGCACCUUCAAGGACAGCCCCUGCAGUGAAGCCCCUGUCCAAAGACAGCCUGGUGGCUCCCUCAGAUGGUUUGGAUCAAGAUCUGUCACAAUUAACCGCCAAUCUGAGCCUUACCCCAAAACAGUCUGCCAUCGAGAUUUCCACUAACAGCAGGGGUCAGAUCAGCCGGGACUACGAACAGGAGUUCCCCUCUGUGGAGGUUGGGCCCCGACAGGCCCUGAGGCGACCUGAGACUCCGGAGCGGGGUCAGGCCAGGACCAGCCUGGGUGCUGUGAGGCUCCACAGCCAGGAUGUUGACAGUGAUGAGGAGUGGGAGAGGUUGAUCCAGCAGACCUCCGUUUCCAGCGGCCAAACCAUUCAAAUCAUACCUCGAUUGAAAGAGAAGUUGCUGACAUCCAAAACCCUGCUAUUGGAUGGUAUCCUGGAGGGGGCAUGUCAGAUCCGUCAGCCACUGAAGGUCCUGUCCAACCUGAUCUUGACCUCUGACUCUGAGGACUCCCAUCGACUUAGACAGGAAGUUGGACUACCUCAUUUCCUGUUCAACCUAGUCCAGGAUAUUGUGGAGAAUCCAGUGGUCGUUAAGCAACCAUGGAGUGUGACAGUACUGGGGGAAGUGAUUGUUCUACUCUUGAACUAUUGGGAGAAGCACCGUGACUGGCAACAAGCAGAGAACAAACUGGAAGAUUACGCCAUGCCCUUUUUCAAGAUUCUGCUUCGGCCUGACCCUAACCCAUUGGCACCUCUGGCUGCAGCCAUUCUGGCCAUAUUCAGCCAGUGUGGAGUCUCUGUGGUUGUUAGCAUGGACAGGAUCACUGUCCAGCUCAACAAGCUUCUCUCAGACUCCGACGAGCCACGCGUCCCGUUACCAUCAGGCUGGGGGUUCUGUGAUGGCUUCUUGUCAUUGGUUCUCCACACCCUAACUGAGCAUGAAAGCCCUCCACACUCUGCUUCUUUGGAUCCAAGCAUUCUGCGCCUCCUGUGGGUGAAAGUUGGUACUUCACUUGAGAAAACAUCAGCCAGAACAAAGUUCUGCUCCUCAAACGGACUGUAUGUGUUCCUGUCCCUCGCCCUUUUUGUCCUUACCAGGGACCCGUACUGCUGUGUUCCCUUGUUCUCAGACAGCGACACAAACUGCAUACUCACCCUGGGCCACCUGCUCACCACUGAUUGGCCGUCUGACGAGACUCACGGCCAGCUUUGGGGUGGUGACUCCAGUGUGAACAGCCUAUCAGUGUUGAGCUGCCACCUGCUGUGUUUCCCCUUUGCCCUGGACCUGUCCUCAGAGACCAUGGACAGACUACUCCAGCUGUACCACAGCGCUGGCAUUGUCUCUGGCCUGCUGCAGGUUAUCCAGUCCGUUCCUCCGUCUCUCCUGGAACUGCCUCUCUCUCUGCUGUGUCGCCUGCUGCUGUGUGACCCCGGCCGCUCUGUCCCCUGCUUCACAGCAGCCGCCAGGGCCCAAGGCUUCUUCUCUCCACCCAGCAGUGACCCCAAGGAGGAUAGAAGAGACCAGGCACCAGCUUCCAGGGUCAGGGACCAGGCUGGGCACCCAGUGUCUGUAUCUAGGACUGCCAGCUCCCUUCUCUCUGACCUGCUAAAGCCUGAUAGUGAAGCCCUGUGGGGGUCGGCCGUGGAGCUCUUCACCCUACUAUCCCAGGCUGCCCGCUGUUCCCCUAGGUCCCGACCCUCCACCCCUCAUCUCCACCUGGAGCCUGCUCCCCUGCACCAGGCCCUGGCUCACCCAGACGACAGGGUCAGAGCUGCUGCCUGUAGCCUGCUAGGUAACCUGGACCCGUUUACACCUCAUACUCCUCCCUCCACCAGUGACCCACAAUGGACCCGGCUGCAACCCGCCAUCCUCAGAGACAUAAUUGGCUGUCUCCACGACCCCUCCGCGUCCGUACGGAGGAUGGCCUGCAAGGCCGUGGGCAAUUGGCUGGGGCUCAUCGGAAAGGCAGAGUUUAGAACGCGGAGAGCCAAUGGGAGAGAGAACAGUAGUGCCCCUAUUACAGCCCGGGAAAGGAAGAAGGGCAAGCCAGACAAGACUGUGUCCUCCCAGUUCCUGGUAGGAGACGGAGGAGACUCAUCCACAACACUCAAACAGCAAGUAGCAGACCAGGAGGAUGGAAGUGGAUGGGUGGAGGAAGCCAAUUGGGCAACAACUGAGCUACUCUCCCUCAUGGCGGACGCUGAUGCCCUGACGCGCCGCCACUGCUGCGCUGCCCUGGGCAACAUGGCUGCUGUGGAAGGGGGUGUGGCCUCACUGCUGGAGGGAGACGUGCCCCUUCUCCUCCUACAGGCCGCCUGUACCGACUCCCAGCAUGCAGUCCAACGAGCGGCUGUCGCUACCCUGAGCUUAUACAGCCAACAGGACGCACUACGACAGGCUCUGCUGUCCCUUGAUGCACGUGAGAAACUUCGUCAGGCUUCACAGCAUGUCGCACCUCCACAGUGUGACUACAGUCAGAUCAUCAAGCUGCUAUGAAGGCCAACGCAGCGAGUGAGAGAAAUAGUGUGUGUCUAUUUGAAAAUGACAUGCUCGGGAGUGAAUACUGGGUCCAUCUCACGUGGAAUGACUGGUUGCACUUGUUUGAAAAAUGUAUAAAUGUAUAUGCUACAGGUAUGUAUGUCAAAGAAAAUCCUGUCGUGUAUAAAAAAUUGCUUGCCCUCCAUAACAAAAAUAUAGACAGGGGUUUUUGGCCUUACCCUCAGAGGAGCAGAUUGAUAAAGCAAUAAAACGUUAAAUAUAUUUGAAAUCAAGCCAGAUUCUGUACAACAGUCCAUAUAAUCCACGCUGUGUAAAAGACAACAACAUAGCCUAAGCAUCGCCCCAAAAAUACUUUUAAUGCCUCAUUUCGAAACAGUUCCAAGAAGUAUCCUAAUCUAUCCGUUAUUUCAUUUAUGUGGGCUUAAUCUCCCCUGGCUUUUCACCAGAAAUUACCCAUGCGUAACGGAGAUGAGCUCAAAACAAGAAUAAACUGUUAGGCUACUGUGUAGACACAAAUCACUUUAUUUGAAUAAAACGAGUGACAUGUAACACAAAGGAAAUAUAUUGAGAGGAAACAUUGGAAUUAUUUCAAAAUGACUAAAUGGUUGGUUAUUUUAUCUGGUGUAACUUAUUGGUCGUAAUCGUGUUGCUGAAAUGCGUGAGGCUUAAUAUUGAAAGUAAUAGAAUCUCAAUAUCACAAAAUAACAUUAAUACACAUUGCAUUAAAAGCUGUAUUUCAGAAACAUGAUUGUAUAUCGCCAAGAUAACAGACCAUAUUUGAAAAAGAUGCAGUGUCCUACUCAUUCAUCCAAAAGAUUGAUAACAAAUAAUUACAUUAUAUUAAGAUCUUAACUAUUCGUUAAGACAUUUAAGAGUUAUUGCAUUUCAACUUAAAUUCAUUCAAAAAGCAACAGCAAUUCAAUUGGAUUAAUUCCUAUUAAAGAUCAAAUUAGAUUUUCAAAUUUAAAGAUGAUAUAUUGUUACAUUUGCUUAAAUCAGAUUGACCAUUUUUAGAAAAAUGUAGAGUUGUACCUAAUUAUAAAAUAAAGGUUUAUACUAAAUUAAUUGACACUGCAUCCUCGUAGACAAAAGCGGGAAAGAACAUGAGAAGCUAUCACAAACAUUCUAGUGAAAAAUAGUUUUUUUGUUCUUUUUAGAAAAAAGCAAAGGCUGACUACCUACCUACCAUCUCUCCUUUCAAGACACAAUUGAAAAAGUCUUUAUAAAUUAGACGAGCAUACCCGCCAUAUAAAAUCACAAACCCUGAUUUGCUUUUACAGCAAGUAAAGAGACAGAGGGUCCCACAUUGAUUUCUGAAAUCCUAUAUACCAUCUAAUCCAGUGAAGAGAAACGACUAGGAAAGAGCUAGAGACAAGUGAAUUUGCUGAGAGAGAGCAUGGAAUGUGAGGCUGCUAUGGAAUCAGUGCACAGUAGCUAUAUAGCAUCAUAUAGACAGACAGAACUCGUUAAUUUUAGUAGCCAUGAAAGUCUUUGCCAUGCAAAAAAAUCUUCAGUCAAGAAUUACCAACUUACAUACUUCUAGAACUUUGGGCAUGAAUUGCAUAACCUGAGCUAUAAAACUGAUUGUAUCAUAUUGCAAUUAGCAUUUAAGGGGACAACACUUUCAACAAAAUCUUAAGUCUUCCCUAAAGGCUGUUUUUGCAUUCAUAUUUAUAUUACUUUGCUGUCAAUUAUUGGAAUAAUAAUUUGGGAAAAUAUACAAAUAGUGCAAAGCUCCCACAAAUAAACAAAGAUUGUCUUUUGAUAAAAAGCUAAUGAGUAUAUUGAACCAGUAGCUAAGUUAUUGACAUCAAGACCAGUGUAAGGCCUUAGUUGAAUCACAUUAGUCUAACCAGUAUAUAAAAACACCACUGGUGGAAAUCAAAGCCAUCUCCAUUCAACAGGAAACCCAUUCAGAAAUUGAUUGUCAGCUGAGACAUUACAGCAUCACAGUGCAGGCUUGCUUGGUUAGUGCCGAUUGCCGAAACAGUGGAAGUAUAAAGUAGUUGUUUGACUCUUAAAAAAAAAAAUAAUCAAAACAUGCAAUUGAACCCCUUUGUCGCCCCCCACCCUGACCCUCCCAAAGAAAAAUAAAAAAUGUAAUAUUCAAUUUCAAAACAUUGAAAAACGAACAUUUCCCUGUCAUUUUUUCUUCAAAUCUACUUGCAGAAAGUCUUCGUCAUCUUAUCUUCAUCAUCAGGCGUCGGUGUCCGGUUGCUUGAGCCGCUGACUGCGGGCCUUGUACACUUCGAUCAGUAGGUCUUUAACAUACUGGAUCUCCCUCUCAACUGACUCUGCUUUGUCCCGAAGUUCCCGGUUAUGCCCCUCCAGACCGUGCAGCUGCUCCUCAAGGCAGUCCAGCUCUGCCCUUUUACGUUGGCGAUACCUGGUAGGGUGGGGUCAAACGGGAGAAGAUAGGAUUAAUCAGAGUGAAAUCAAAGUAAAAGUCAAAUGCCAGUGGCAAUGUUCUAUUUAGUUCUGUUAUCAACAAAAUUUGGAUAACCACAAACAUGUCGAUUCAGAGUUGAGAUAAGCACACACAACUCAGACUUUCGCUAAAAUCAUUUAUUGAUGUCAAUGGGAGACUUGUGUAGAAAUUGUGCACAGAUCUCAAGUUUGAAUACCACCUUAAGUUUUCAGCGCUUGGUUGAAUCAUCAUACCUAUGAGCGGCAGUCUUGUUUUGGUCUCUCUUCUUCUGCUUGCGCUCUGGCGGAUGGUGGACCUCCCCUGGCAUUGUUUCGUCCAGCUCAGGCUUUGCGAGGGGACAGGGGUCCUCCUUCAACCCCAACACCACCUGCCUGUCAAGAGCCUCCCUAUCCAUUGCCAGACACUCAGAGCCCUGCUGGUCCUCUAGGAACCCACCACAGUGGAAGUCAUGAUGUUGACGGCCCAUCUCUAAACCCUCUGCCUUGACCUGCUCGCUGACCGUCCCUUGCAAGCCGUGGUGGUAGGAGGCCUCUGAUUGGGACGCUGCCUGAAGAUAACAACCCUCACUAGUCUCUGACUUCCAAGGAAUAGUGGACAUCUUGGAACACAACUCACCGACUACGCCAACUUUGACAUUACUACUCAACAAUUCUAUCUCACUGCUACUAGCACAUCCUCCACCACCACAACUGACAUUCACUUCCCUCAUGCCAUACAUCAACAGCUCCUCUUUCUUGUGUGGGAUAUCCAAUGGCCCGCCAAAGCCACCAUACCCACUGCCAACAGCUAUGACCUCUUCCGCGAACUGACAAUUUUUCUCUUCCUUGGGUAAAAAGGGGCAUCUUCGAAUCUCAACUCCACUGCCUAGACAGUAACCUUUCCCGACUACCCGCUCGUCCUCUACACAGCUGUAACUGCCACUUAGAGUCACCGACGGGUUACUUCCUUUGGAACUCCAUAUGCUAUUCUCGUAGACCUCGCCCACCCUCACCCCAUCUGAAACUCUUUUGCGACUACACCCAUUGGGGCGAUUGCUACAACUGUAAGGGGCGUGUCUAGGCAAUUUUGAUCGCCCAAUAGGCCCACCUCCACAAAAGCUCAGCAGGUCUAGUUCCCCAGUUGCCAGGGUAACAAGUAGAGGGCUGUGUUCCGAUUGGUUGGAGGUGGAGUAUGAUGACGCAUGAAAGGGCAACUGGUAGUAUGACUGGUGGGGACCCACUGGCGGUGGACCCUUGUCGCAUUUUCCCAGUUUCGGUCCUUUCUCCGGCAGCGGUUCAGACAGGAAGUAGUCCUCCAGUUGAGCGAGUUCCUCUUGCAGCAGAGAAGUCAUGACCUCCAAGUCAGAGGGCACCUGGAUGUCAUGCUGGAGGGGUG